GAAGUUGCACAGCUGUGUUUAACGAAAACAACAACUACUACUAUACAAAAAUAACACAAAAUCCAAAGAAAAAUUUUGUGUUUAUUUACAAAAUUGUAUAAAAUAAUUAUACAAAUUAAUUAAAGGAAUUUAUUUUUUGCAUCCCAAACUAAAUAAAGCCGCCAAAAUAACGUCGACACCGGAAAUGCAACCUAAAUAUAAAUUCGCCGAAGGCGAAAAAGUAUUAUGUUUCCAUGGGCCAUUAAUCUAUGAAGCCAAAGCAUUGAAAAGUACCACUACAAAAGAUAAACAACUAAAAUAUUUUGUCCACUAUGCCGGCUGGAAUAAAAAUUGGGAUGAAUGGGUACCGGAACAUCGUGUUUUAAAGUACAACGAUACUAAUUUGCAACGACAAAAGGAAUUACAAAAGGAACAUGAUGCCAAAAAAGAGAAAAAUAAGAAAGGUACACCUAAGGGGAAAAAGGGUGAAACAAUGGCAGUUGCUCCCAAAGAAAGUGGAGCGGUUAGUAGUGGUGGUAGUGAGUCAAGAGCUUCAACGCCUUCAAAAGAAUUAAAUACUUCAACAAGUGCUAACACAAGUACAGGCGGUACGACAGCUACAGGUGGUAGAGGAAAUCGUUCUAAACAGAAUGCCACGCCCAUAGCCAUAGAAACAAAAAAAGAUACCGCCGUCGCAAAAGAGGAUGCAACAAAAGACGAUAAAGAUGAACCGGCCACUAAAAAGAAAAGAGGUACUUCGACAUCGACUAAUCCCGACAAAACAGUAGCUACAUCAACAGAUGCAAAAUCUUCUACCACAAGUAGCAGCACCACCAUCACCACUACUACCACAAGUAGUACCACCACCACCUCCACCGCACCAGCUGAUGUUACUUCAACACCCACAGUAACAGUAGGUGCGACAAAUCCUGCUUCAGCUGCAUCGACACCAUCUUCUAUCAGUCGCUUAGAUUCUUGUGUGGAAAGCGAGGAAACCUUUUUGGCUAAAAUAGAGGUAAAAAUUAAAAUACCCGAUGAACUGAAACAAUGUUUAGCCGAUGAUUGGGAUGCUAUAACUCGUCAGCACAAACUUUUAGAUAUACCCGCUAAGAUAACCGUACAAGAUAUAGUUGAUCAGUAUAUAAACUUGAAAAAGUCGGCCAAAUCUUCGAAUGCAUGCAAAGAGUUGGCUAUAUCAGAUGUAUUAAAUGGCGUUAUAGAAUAUUUUAAUGUCAUGUUGGGCUCACAACUUCUGUAUAAGUUUGAACGUCCACAAUAUGCCGAGAUUUUACAACAGUAUCCAGAUACUCCCUUGUCGAAACUGUAUGGCUCUUUUCAUUUGCUCCGUUUAUUUGUUAAACUGGGUUCAAUGUUGGGCUACUCAGCCUUAGACGAGAAAUCCAUGCAAAUGCUGUUGGCGCAUUUACAUGAUUUUCUUAAAUUUAUGGUAAAAAAUAGUGCUACAUUCUUUAGCAUGUCCAGUUUUGUUAAUGUCACACCGGAAUAUCAUCGUCAUACUCAAUGAUUUUAAUUUGUUCUUCAUUAAUUCACAGACGUUUUUUAUUGUUUAAACGCUUUACUAUAAUUAUAUAUCUUAUUUUUUUUCUCGUGUUUUCAUUAUUUUGAGUUUUAUUUUAAGAUUUUCUCUUUUAAAAAGAAUGAAGGAUGUUGGCUUGUUUUUUUAUUUCUUUUUUGAAUUUUAGCAAUUAAAAAUAAUUUUCUCAUAAUAAAAUUUAGCUAUCAAUUAUUAGAUUUAUAUAAAAAAAAUACAAUUUAUUGCUCAUAAGUUUAUUUUCUUAUUGUAGAACAUUUUAAACAAUAUCAGUAAACGUAGUUUUUUAUUGAAACAACAUUUUCAAAUCUGUAAAUGGUAAUAAACAUUGUAGUAUGUAUUCAUUUAAAAAA